UAGAGGAUCCCCCAGGAGCUUCCCCUCUUCUCUGGAGCCAGAAGCCAGACAGCAGGGCUCAGAGUGGGAGCCGGGCAGCCCAGAGCAUAAGGCCGAGUGUGGGAUUCGUGUGCGGACUGCCCUCUAGUAGCGGCCCGGUCCCACCGUUCCCGGUUCAGCGGACCUGCAUCCUCCUCCCCGCGUGCAGCGGACCUGCAUCCUCCUCCCCGCGUGCAGCGGACCUGCAUCCCGCCUUGCCGGUCGGAGCCCGGCAAGCCUCUGCCUAGCGCAAGUAAAGCAGGUAUCUGCAGGGGGCCCUUUGGAAAGAGGCGGGAUGGCCGGGACCCCGAGGCCGCCGCAGGCGGAUAAGGAGAUCGAGUCUGGGCUGGUGCGGGAUUUUGAGGCCUCUCUGUCCGGGAUCGGCCAGGAGCUGGGACCGGGGCCCUUAAGCACGAAUGAUGCCGUUGCAUUGCCCAAGCUUAAACAAGAAGAGUCGGGGCUGCCACCUGAUGAUGCAAAUAAAACCAUGCCCUUUCAGUAUCUGCUUUGUGUUGCUACCUCUCCUGCACUCAAGCUCCACGAUGAAACGCUCACCUAUCUCAAUCAAGAGCAGUCUUAUGAGAUCCGAAUGCGGAAAAAUAAGAAAGCGGAGGAACCCGCAGAAAAGAGAGGCAAGCUCGUGAAGAGUAUGGUUCGGUUGCUGUUCCAUGAUAGGGGACUGCAGUACUCUGAGCAGCAGCAGCAGCUUGAGGACUGGGGAUGGAACAGGCCAGGGGACAGAAUCCUUGAUAUAGACCUGGUAAUGUCCGUGGGUAUAAUCGACCCUCGGGCAAAUCCAAAUCAGCUGAAUGCUGUAGAGUUCCUGUGGGACCCUGCUGCAAAGAGCACAUCCGUGUUCAUUCAGGUGCACUGCAACAGUACCGAGUUCGAUGUGAAACAACCUGGGGUAGAAAAGGAUGUGGCAUUCCGACUUCAAAUUGACACUUUCAAGGCAAAUGAGAUUGGAGAUUACACUGAACACUUGCAUUCAGCCAGCUGUCAGAUCAAGGUUUUCAAGCCCAAAGGAGCAGACAAGAAGCAAAAAAUAGACAGGGAGAAAAUGGAGAAGAAAAGCCCUCGUGAAAAGGAAGAUUAUCAACCUUCCUAUGAGGCAACUCUAUUCAUAGAGUGCUCUCCAUGGACUGACAUCCCAUAUGUCACCAAUUCCCCAUUAGCUGGCUUUAACAGUUCCAGUUUUUCCACUGGAGAGGGACAUGGUUCACCAAGCCACCAGCCAGAACCAUCUCUUCCUGUUGCAGAUAAACUUCUGCCAACAACUAACUCCCAGGAAACUCAACAGUGGCUACAGCGCAACCGAUUCUCUGCCUUCUCUCGGCUUUUCAGAAAUUUCUCUGGAGCAGAUUUGUGGAGGCUAACCAGACAUGAUUUUAUCCAAAUUUGUGGCCCUGCUGAUGGAAUCCGCCUCUUCAAUACCAUAAAAGGGCACAUAGUGAGGCCCAGGCUGACAAUUUACUUUUGUCACAAAUCCUUCCAAUUGAGUGAGCAACAGCAGCAGAAAAAUGAGAAUGGAGAGUCCAAUGAUACUUUGUUUGUGUACCGUGCCAUCUAUCUGGAAGAAUUGACAACUGUUGAGCUGACAGAGAAAAUUGCUCAGCUUCUCAGUAUUUCUCCUUCUCAGAUCACUCAGGUCUACAGAGUGGGGCCAAAAGGAAUCCAUGUUCUCAUCAAUGAUCAGAUGAUCCGCAACUUUGAGGAAGAAACCUGUUUUCUUCUGAACACAACGAAAGCUGAAACCAAUGGUAACUACUAUAUCAUCCUGGAAUAGAAGGGGAACAUCUUUGUGCUGGGUAGCUGCAGCUUCCUUCUCCCCUUGGACACCCCCUCUCUUGCAGAGAGAGAUGGACAGAGAAUUGGAGGUCUGCAGGAGCCUGACUGAUGGAGAGUCGAAGGUGGAAUGAUGCUACACUGUGGAGAUGUAUGCCCAGCUCUCCAUUCCUUGUCCCAAUUCUCUUGCCACACACAAACUCCUGUCUUGCAUGAAAUUCUACAGCUAUUUCCUAGUUACAAUUUCUGGAGUAUGUUGUUGUUGAAUAUAGAUAGAAACUUGUCACAUCAUUUAAAUUUUAUGUAAGGGCAUGAUGAUGGUGGGAAUUGUGUUUUGUUUAAUUGUAUGAUAAUAGGGAGACAUGUAAUUUUUGUCUAAUAUAUAAAUAAGAGUGAAUCCCUAAUCUAUAGAGUACUCAUCAACCAACUCCCCCAUGAUAUACCUGUAGUCUCUGCUUUCACUGUAGUGUACUUGUUCCUGAAAACCAGAAUGGUCAGAAAAAUGUUGUUUUUUUCUCCAAUGCACUCUAUAUUCUGCCAUUAUUCUCUUGACACCUCAUGGUGAUCCUUCAUUGCUUAGAGGAAGAACAGCUGCCAAAAGUAACUUACUUGUAGGGUCAGCAAUACAAAAAAUGCAAUAUAGAUGCUUGCUCUUAUCUCAUUUUCUUUCUUUUUCAGGGGAAGGGAUUAUGCAGAGGGCAUUAUUCCACGAUAAAGUUGGCAGGAUUUAGGUUAAUUUUUCACAGUGAAAUUUUCAGGCCUUUCUUUUAAUGUGUAGAACUUUUUCCAUUUUCUAUUCUGUGUCCUCAUUCUUAGCAUUUUGUUUAUGUAGUAUUCUUGACUGGGUACUUUUUAAGGAAGUCUUUCCCAUGUGAGUAGAAGGAGCCCCAGACUAGGAGUCAAAACUGGGGUUCUUAUCCUUACCCCUGCAUUAAGUCACUCUGUGAUCCUGGGAAAUUUAAUCCUUUUGGGCCUUUCCUUCCUUAUCUGUAAAAUAAAGAGUCUGAAAAAGGUGAUCUAUAAAGUCCUUUUUUCAUUCUAAAGUCUAGAAUUAUAUGAUCCUAUUUGUAUUCACAUCCUUUCCACAUGUGUUUGUUCUACUUCAAAAAAUUAUUGUGUCUGUGACUAUGAGUAUUUGUUGUUUUGCAUGUAGAUUGCUAAAAUUCCCUUAACAGAUUGAAUUAGGCUGAGGAAGACAAUGUUAAAAGAUUCUGUAUGUGUUAAAAUUUUUAAAACACUUGAUAAAAUGUAAUUGGUUUCUGUGCAAAGGAAAUUUUUGUUCAUUAAAGUUAUCAUCCUACAAUGUCA